AUGGCACAGGCCAGAGUCGACACCAUCGUCCGCGGCGGCCAGGUCGUUACGUCGUCACAGGUCCUUGACGCCGCCGUGGCGAUCCAGGGCGACAAGAUUGUCGCGGUGGCACCUGAGCACCUCCUGCCGCCCGCUGACCGCGUCAUCGACGCCGAGGGCAAGUUCGUGCUCCCCGGCCUCAUCGACGCCCACGUCCACCUCGACGGCCACGACGACUACGCCCUCGGCGCCCGGGCGGCUGCCCACGCCGGCAUGACCACGCUCAUCCCCUUCGCCAACUACACCCUCGACGGCGACGAGACGCUGGUGCAGGCCGGUAACCGCAUCCGCGAGGAGAUCAACGCCUCCGCGGUCGUCGAUUUCGGCUUCCACUUCAUCCUGCAGAACCGCCCGUCCAUCCUGCGCUCGCUCCCCGAGGCCAUGGACAUGGGCUUCAAGUCCUUCAAGAUGUUCAUGACCUACAAGAAGCGCCCCGGCCGGAUGUGCGACGACGACUACAUCUGCCAGUCAAUGGAGAUGGUCGCCCGCGCCGGCGGAGUGCUGCAGCUCCACUGCGAGAGCGGCAACAUCAUCGAGUACCUCGAGAACAAGCUCAUCGCCGACGGCCACACCCACCCCGAGUUCUUCCCCGUGGCCUGCCCCGACUGGGCCGAGGAGGAGGCCAUCAACCGCGCCAUCGCCAUGGCCGCCGCCACCCGCUGCCCCACCUACGUCGUCCACCUCAGCACCCAGCUCGGCCUUGAGCGCAUCAAGCAGGCCCAGUCCCAGGGCCAGCGCAUCUGGACCGAGACCUGCCCUCAGUACCUGCUCCUAUCCGACGCCGAGAUGAGCAAGGUCGGCCCGCUGGCCAAGAUCGGCCCGCCCCUGCGCCCCGAGGACGGCCCCGACCGCGACGCCCUGUGGGCCGGCCUGCAGCAGGGCCACAUCUCCAUCGUCGCCAGCGACCACUCGCCCCACCCGCAGGAGCUCAAGAAGCCCGGCUGGGACAACAUAUUCGUCACCCCCGACGGCGCAUCCGUCCCCUUCGGCUCACCCGGCAUCGAGACGCUGGCCCCCCUGAUGUACAGCGAAGGCGUGGUCAAGCGCGGCAUGCCCAUCACCUGGCUGGCCCGCGUGAUGGCCGAGAACCCCGCCCGUAUCUUCGGCCUCUACCCCCGCAAGGGCGUCAUCCAGCCCGGCGCCGAUGCCGACCUACUGAUCCUCGACCCCGGCGUAGACCGCGUCAUCACGUCUGAGGACCACCUGAGCAACGCCGGCUACUCCCUGUUCGAGGGCUGGGAAAUCACCGGCCGCCCCUGGAUGACCCUCCUCCGAGGCCAGAUCCUGCUAAACGACGGCAAGCUCGAACAGCAACCAGGCUACGGCCAGUUCAUGGAGUGCCAAAGCCCCACCACCCCCCUAGCCGGCCCGGUGAGUUAG